AGAAAGGAAUGAGUGAUGAUAUUAGCUUUAAUUGUAUUUGUUUGUAAUGUCUAUAUAAGAAGAAGAAGAAGAAGAAGCAGAAGAAGAAGAAGAGAGAAAGGUGAAAUAAUUCAUAAGGAUCAAAAGAUCAAGAAAUAUAUAUGGCGUGGUUCACCAUUGGAAGCUUUCAAGAUUCCUUGAGCUUACGCUCUUUCAAGGCUUAUCUAGCUGAGUUCAUCUCCACCUUACUCUUCGUUUUCGCCGGUGUCGGCUCCGCCAUUGCCUACAAUAAAAUAACAUCGUCUGGAGCUUUAGAUCCAGCAGGGCUGGUUGGGGUGGCAGUUUGCCAUGGAUUUGCUCUGUUUGUUGCUGUCUCUGUCGGAGCUAACAUCUCCGGUGGCCACGUGAACCCAGCGGUGACGUUCGGGCUUCUUCUUGGAGAUCAAAUCAGCUUAAUUACCACCAUUUUCUACUGGAUUGCUCAGCUUCUUGGCUCCAUUGUCGCCUGCUACCUUCUCAAAUAUGUCACUGGCGGCCUCGCGGUUCCGGUCCACAGCGUCGCCGCCGGCAUCGGAGCGACGGAAGGGGUUGUGACGGAGAUUGUCACCACCUUCGGUUUGGUUUACACUGUCUAUGCGACGGCGGCAGACCCAAAGAAGGGAUCUUUGGGCACAAUUGCGCCGAUUGCCAUCGGUUUAAUCGUCGGAGCAAACAUCUUGGCGGCCGGACCGUUUUCCGGUGGAUCGAUGAACCCGGCCCGAUCUUUCGGCCCAGCGGUAGUCAGUGGCGAUUUUCACGAUAACUGGAUUUACUGGGUUGGGCCGCUCGUUGGCGGUGGCUUAGCUGGGCUUAUCUACUUUUACGCCUUUAUGGCCUAUGGGCCCAGCCCAAUUCCAAACGAUUUCUAAGACCCAAUCAAAUUAAGCCCAUUUUAUUCUUCUUUUGCUUUGUUCCCUUUGUAAUAAGAGGAGGAAAAGCAAGGUUUUUUUUGCCCAUUCUUCCUUUCCAUUUUCUGUCUUUUAUUUAUUUGAAUGUAUGGUUUGGUUCACUGGAUUCUCAUCUUCAUUCUAUUUCAAUGUAAUAACUCAUUUAUUGUGUAAUGUUUACCUUAUCUAUUAAUUCUAUCAACUAAAGUUUUACACGUUC